AUGGCCUCUUCCAAGGAACAACCGACAUCUCGUCCUGUCUCUGGCAGCUUUUCCUCCCGGCAUCCUCCUACCUCCGCCCGACAACACUCUCACUCCAUCUCACUCUCGGCUACGAACCCUUCUCACCGGGUCAACAGAAGGAAGAGCGUCAACGCGGGGGCUUCCACGACGGCCCAGGCUGCUAUUGCCGCGGCGAUGAGGGACCAGGGGGAUCUACCUGGCGUCCCGGUGCAGAGCCACCGCAGAAGCACCGGCUCGAGAAAGAUGACGGAGUCGCAGUCGAUGAGUGCUCGGCCGAGUAUGCACUCGUAUUUUAACGGGCCCCCUGGCACGGCGGCUGCCGGUGACAACGAUGCCGUCGAGGACAAUUCUCACGACGAGGACGGCCCAGCUUCGUCCAAGAACCUCAAGAAUCGGAACCGGCGAGCAAGCGAAGGCUCGCACCUCAUCAAAGGCGAGGGUAAGAAGUCGGCCAUUGAAUUGCGGUGCGAUACUUGCGGCAAGGGCUACAAACACAGCAGCUGUCUCACGAAGCAUCUCUGGGAACAUGAUCCCGCGUGGGCCAUCACGUCCAAGCUGCUCAUCUCCAAACACCAGCAGGUUCAAUUGCUCGAGGCUGCUUCAGUGUUGUGUAACAUGACUGCGGAGAAUUUAGCGGCCAGCCAAUCUGAGAUCGAAACCUCGGCGAUUGACCCAAGCGAAGUCUCCUCCGCCUCUCCAGGGUUCUCCUCGUCCGAAAUGCAAGACGAGCUCAGCUCGGUCGAGACAACCCCUCCCCCAAUGAGCGAGGCAGCGUACCCUGUGCCGGACUCGAAAAGGUUCAGCACUGGCAGUACUGGAUUCUCGCGUUCGUACCGAUCGAUCCCGUCGAGCUCGUACGCCGAGAGCUUUCAUUCUCCAGGACUGCCACCUCAUCGAUUCUCUGGGGCAGACUUCCGACCUAGCACGUCGGGGACUGAUGAUGGCACGCUGGCGGCGGCGACAGCUGGUCUCACGUUCAGCAGCGGAACUCCUCGUACAAAGCCAUCCUAUCUGGGCGCCGAUGUGCCACCUGUACCACCACUGCCACAACAAUACCAAUCUUUCAACAGCAAAUCAUCCGACAGUACAUUGACCGCUAUAUAUAAUCCGUUGUUGCAAUUGCAUCCUCCUGCGUUGACGCAAAACCUCUCCGACGAGCGCAACUACCGGGCCGGAAGCGACGAUCGCGAUGUCCAAAUGGACGACGAAGAGAUGUUUAGGAUGGAUCAAUAA